AUGGCCGAGCGCCACGGAGGUCGAGCCGCCGCCGCGUUCCCCGCCCUCGGAGCCCUCUCCACCCUGACCGCGCCCCACCUUAUUCGCCUCGCUUCCCUCUGCGUCCUACGCACGCUCGCAGGACGAAUCCGAGCCGCGACGCGCCGUUUCCGCCGCUCUGCCAUCGUCCUCGCAGCCGACAGCCGCGAACGAAAUCCAUGGUGA